CAAUGCGAAAUCAGCAAGAGCACGUCGUCAUCAUCAUCCGGUUCGCUAGCUUUGCGGUAAAUUUGCUUUAUGUUCCUCAUUGUGACUUUCUGUUUAACUGAUGUUGAUUAACCAGAUUUUAAGUGGGUAAGUGCCAACUGGACUAACUGGUGAAUAUGGCUGGAAAUUUCUGGCAAAGUUCGCAAUAUCAGCAAUGGCUGCUAGAUCGGCAGGACCUUCUUCGAGAGCGUCACGGCGACCUGCAGAUUCUCAACGAAGAAGAGUACCAGAAGAUGAUGAUUUUUUUCGCAAAUUUUAUUCAAGCUCUCGGUGAACAACUUAAAGUGAAACAGCAAGUUAUUGCCACAGCAACCGUCUACUUCAAACGUUUCUAUGUGAGGAACUCGCUCAGAUGCGUUGAUCCCCUGUUGAUGGCUCCGACUUGCAUCUUUUUAGCUUCGAAAGUUGAGGAAUUCGGAGUUAUAUCGAACAGCCGUCUGAUAUCAACGUGUCAAACUGUGGUGAAAAACAAAUUCGCUCACGUGUAUCCUCAAGAGUUUCCGUACCGCAUAAACCACGUUCUCGAGUGCGAGUUCUACCUACUCGAAAUGAUGGACUGCUGUUUAGUAUUGUAUCAUCCUUACAGGCCUUUGGUUCAGUACGUGCACGAUAUUGGUCAGGAAGACAAUCUGCUUUCGAUGGCGUGGAAAGUGGUGAACGACAGCCUUCGCACAGAUGUGUGCCUGCUGCAUCCGCCUCAUCAGAUUGCUCUUGCCUGUUUACACAUUGCUUGCGUGAUUUUACAGAAGGACUGCAAGCAUUGGUUUGCAGAUUUAAAUGUGGACAUGGAAAAGAUACUAGAAAUCACUCGCCAGAUUCUGAAUCUGUAUGACAUGUGGAAAAACUUUGAAGAAAAGAAAGAAAUUCCUGCUGUGCUUGCAAAGGUCCCAAAGCCAAAAACACAACCUUCCAGGCCACCCUCACAAGGGCCGGGAUCAGCACAAAAUGACCCCAACCAAUCCUCCGCACAACCGAGUGCGGUUCAGGGAUGAAGCUGCAAACAUGCUCACCUUUGGAGCUGUAUUUUUGGCAUGUUAAUGGACAAGCAUAGUGUAUGGCUUAUGUGACUUAUAUAUUGACCGAAUGAACAUGCUUUUGUAAGACAAGAAUUCCUGUUUUGGC